AUUUUGAUUUUGAUAGUUUAAAAUCUUUCUCAUAUGCUCGACGAAUAUGACAAUACUAUGAAAUUUCUUUGAGUCUGAAAUGAAUUUAGAAUCCAUACUUAAACUCUUCUCAACACAAGGAAAUGAAAAAUAAUGAAUAACAAUAACAACAACAAUAAUAUAUAUACUACGUAUAUAAUAGCAUUACGUAAUUUGGUUAAUCGUAAAGCCAAGUAGAGCAAAAUCAUGACAAUAUUCAUAUACAUCUAGAUGUACCAUUCAACCAGACAACCACAAUUUUUUGCUCGAUUUAUUCAUUUGUAUAUAACGUAUGCAGCAGAGUUAUGGACUAAUAAACUGAACAAAAAAACAAUGUGAAUGUAGUGUCGUGUGAGUGGUACACCCAAAUGUAUAAUAGACCACGUUAAGUCAAUCUAUGCCAAAACUCAUAAGUCAUUAUACCCUGUAAUUGAUUUCAAGCGCUGACAAACCAAAGUCUUAGUAUGGGAAGAACAGAGCACAUGAACAUGGGUGAUGAAAUUGAUCAUCAUCAUCUUCGUCAACUUGAAGACAUUCCUACACCAGCUAAGACGGGGUAAUGUAUAUAUUUUUCUUAUACUAUGAUCAUGUAAUCAUAUAUUGUAUCGUCCUAACAUUAUCUUAAUUAAUAACUAAUUAUAUUUAUAUUUUCUCUCUCCUAACACUCAUGAAGUUGCUCCCACGUUUGUUAGCGCUAAUUUUGGCUAAUCAAUUUUAUUUUUGUCAUUCAGAAUGCUCCUUUCAAUUGGGAAUUGUGAAAAUAUACAUCUGUAUUUACUCUGCAUUUUCUCUAUUUAGAAACCCUCUAAAUAAAGAACAAGUGCAUUAGGUUUCACAUAAAAUUGGCAUUUUUGGUGGGAAUUUGAAGGAGAAUAUUGGAGGUUUGUAAAGUUAGGCAAAAUUGGGAUGUUUGUAUGAAUUUACAUGCUUACAUGUUGUAGGGAAGGAGUAAUCUAGGAAAAGAUUAGAUGGCUUCAUCUCCAGAUUCUCAACCUGAAAGCCCUCCAUCUACUACACUAACUCCUGUCCUUACAAAAUUAUUACCACCUGUUGAAUCACCUCCGAAUGUUGUUCCAUCUGCUCCCCCUCCUGCCAAUAAUCCUCCACCACCAUCGCCGCCAACUUCCCCUCCACCAGUUGCCACUACACCGCCACGCUCACCACCCCCUGCACCAGGCUCACCGCCUUUGUCUCCACCACCAUCUUCUCCCCCGCCCUCAUCCGCACCUGUUAACUCUUCUCCACCGGCCUCUUCCCCACCUCCUAUUGUAACUCCUGCACAGUCUCCCCCGGUUGCUCUGCAACCACCACCUUCUCCAUCCCCCCCAGCUCCUCCUGGCUCACCUUCAGAGUCUUCUCCACCAGAUACUUUUGUUCCUCCUCCUCCUGUGGACUCUUCAUCUCCUCCAGUGCCACCCGAGUCCACUCUUUCCCCACCUGUAUCUCCAAGUGACUCUUCUACGCCUUCUAGAUCAGUACCAAGACCAGCAACAGAAUCUGGAAGUACUGCCUCAAUUUCUCCAGUGAAUUCCUCUGCUAGUCCCUCUCCUGGUAAUGAUGCAACAGUUAAGACAGGAAUAGCCAUUGGGAUUGUGGCAGCUGUUUUCAUCAUAGGCUUUUUUAUGGCCAUUGUGUGCUUGCGAAGGCGGAAAAAAAGACACAUACGACAUAAUUCUGUGUACAUGUUGCCAUCCCCAUAUGCCUCUUCACAAACAUCAGGCACCUCUUUUAUGAAACCAAGUGAUGGUGGUGGUGGUGAUUAUAUAAAUUCAUCACCAGAUACUGGUGGAAUAGGCAACUCAAAAACAUGGUUUUCUUACGAGGAGUUGCAUGCUGCCUCGAAUGGGUUUGCUGCACAAAAUAUUUUGGGGGCUGGUGGAUUUGGAUGCGUGUAUAAAGGUUGUUUGCAAGAUGGCACAGAAGUAGCUAUAAAAAAGUUGAAAGAUAACAGUGGGCAAGGAGAUCGUGAGUUUAAAGCGGAGGUUGAAAUUAUCAGCCGUGUGCACCAUCGCUAUUUGGUUUCUCUUGUGGGUUAUUGCAUCACUGAUUUUCAAAGAUUGCUCGUCUAUGAAUUUGUUGCAAAUGGCACCCUUCAUUACCACCUCCACAAUUCUAAUAAACCAUUUAUGCCAUGGAGCCUCCGAGUCAGGGUUGCUUGUGGUUCUGCUAAGGGAAUUGCAUAUCUCCAUGAAGAUUGUCAUCCAAGGAUCAUUCACAGGGAUAUUAAAACUGCUAACAUCCUUAUAGACAACAACUUCGAUGCUAAGGUAGCUGACUUUGGGCUGGCAAAAAUAGCACAAGAGUUGGAAUGCAACACACAUGUAUCUACUCGUGUCAUGGGAACUUUUGGCUACAUGGCACCUGAAUAUGCAUCGAGUGGCAAGUUGACUGAAAAGUCUGAUGUAUUCUCAUUCGGAGUAGUGCUUCUAGAGAUUAUAACAGGACGCAAGCCUGUUGAUGAAACCAGGCCACUAGGAGAUGAGAGCUUAGUUGAAUGGGCUCGACCUUUGAUGACUGAGGCGUUGGACAACCAAAACUUUGAUGAACUUGCUGACCCAAGAUUGCAAGGAAACUAUGAUAGAGGUGAGAUGUUUCGGAUGAUUGAAGCAGCAGCUGCAUGUGCACGGCAUUCGGCUGUAAAGAGGCCAAAAAUGAGCCAGGUGGCAAGAGCAUUGGAUACAAUGAACGAACUAUCAGAUAUAUCGAAUGGCAUGAAACCAGGCCAAAGUGGGAUAUAUGAUUCAAGAGAGCAAUCAGCACAAAUCAGAAUGUUCCAAAGGAUGGCAUUCGGAAGCCAAGAAUUCAGUUCAGAACAGAAUAACAGCCACAGUAGCCGUUCAAGUGGAGGGAGAAGUGGAAUAGCUAGGGGCAGAAGUGGACAGGUCUAAGUUACAAAUGUGAAAUUGUUUAGUUUAUAAAUCAUCAUCUCGUAUCUGGUGGAGAUAGAUACUUGAUGCAUGCUUAUAAGGAACGGCGAGUCUAUCCCCUUGAACUCGAUAACAUAUGGGGAUGGGGCGAAAGGAUGUGAAAGUCUAACUGGCUAAUACAAGAGGGGGGGUGAAUUGUAUUUGAGGUGAAAUCUAAAAACUUUUU